UUUGCACCUCUGGUAACUGUGAGAUCAGAAUGUGAAGUGGAAGGUUGUGUGCCUCACAAUAACCACGGAGUUCUACUCAAUGUGCUGCCUUGGCGACUCUGGAUCUCUGUUCCGAGAGUAAAAUGUCACACUGAAAACUCUGGGCCUGGCGUCCCAUGGGACUUCAGUGGUUCCAGGACUGAUUUCAUUGCCAUCACUUAUAUAUGAUGAUGCAGACUUUAAGCAUCAAAGUAUACAAACUGAAGAAACUUUAUCCUUUGUAUAUAAUUAUCUUAAAUAUAUGCCAUCAUUUCAAGGGGAGCUUAUGCUAAGUGUGACUUCAUAAACAAAUCAUUUGUGAAAGAGAAAAACCACAUCCAGGGUAAAGUCAUAAGGUGAAAAAGCCUAUUUCAGAGAGCACUUCCUGAAAGAGACAAAGCAGCAAUUACAGUCAGCCCAGCACCAACUCCCAUGCCACGCGUUACACUGGAAACUACUUUUUAAAGCAACAAAAGAGUCUAAAACAAAAUACAACAUUUCUUAAAUACACUGUUUCCAGAAAGAGCUAUUUUAACAGAAGCAACUCAAAGAUAUCCCUUCGACAGAAGUGGAAGUGCUGAAAAAUGUUCAUCUCUCACACAGACUUUUGAUGGACAGGAGUUUCUAAGUAUCAUGCCUACCAACAAGCUGUAAAAUGAUCACCCUGAACAAUCAAGAUCAACCUGUCCCUUUUAACAGCUCACAUCCAGAUGAAUACAAAAUUGCAGCCCUUGUCUUCUAUAGCUGUAUCUUCAUAAUUGGAUUAUUUGUUAAUGUCACUGCAUUAUGGGUUUUCAGUUGUACCACCAAGAAGAGAACCACGGUAACCAUCUAUAUGAUGAAUGUGGCAUUAGUGGACUUGAUAUUUAUAAUGACUUUACCCUUUCGAAUGUUUUAUUAUGCAAAAGAUGAAUGGCCAUUUGGAGAGUACUUCUGCCAGAUUCUUGGAGCUCUCACAGUGUUUUACCCAAGCAUUGCUUUAUGGCUUCUUGCCUUUAUUAGUGCCGACAGAUACAUGGCCAUAGUACAGCCGAAGUACGCCAAAGAACUUAAAAACACGUGCAAAGCCGUGCUGGCGUGUGUGGGAGUCUGGAUAAUGACCCUAACCACGACCAUCCCUCUGCUACUGCUCUAUAAAGACCCAGAUAAAGACUCCACCCCCGCCACCUGCCUCAAGAUUUCUGACAUCAUCUAUUUAAAAGCUGUGAAUGUGCUGAACCUCGCUCGACUGACAUUUUUUUUCUUGAUUCCUUUGUUCAUCAUGAUUGGGUGCUACUUGGUCAUUAUUCAUAAUCUCCUUCAUGGCAGGACAUCUAAGCUGAAACCCAAAGUCAAGGAGAAGUCCAUAAGGAUCAUCAUCACGCUGCUGGUGCAGGUGCUCGUCUGCUUUAUGCCCUUCCACAUCUGUUUCGCUUUCCUGAUGCUGGGAACGGGGGAGAACAGUUAUAAUCCCUGGGGAGCCUUUACCACCUUCCUCAUGAACCUCAGCACGUGUCUGGAUGUGAUUCUCUACUACAUCGUUUCAAAACAAUUUCAGGCUCGAGUAAUUAGUGUCAUGCUAUACCGUAAUUACCUUCGAAGCAUGCGCAGAAAAAGUUUCCGAUCUGGUAGUUUACGGUCACUAAGCAAUAUAAACAGUGAAAUGUUAUAAUAGGAAAGUUCUUUCAUUUCAAUCCCAUCAAAAUUCACUUCACUAAUUACUCUGGCAUCAAUGGAUAUUCUGUAUAAUACUAUCAAGUCCCUUUUCUCUUGAAAAAAUAAAUUCAUUAUCUUCAUUUUAAAAACUUAUAUAAAACAUUUUUGUGAAUUAUUC